AGCAGCGCUCGCACGGCCAGUAGACCACUUUCCCGCAGCGAUGGCAGCUUCUGUGGCCGUCGCGGAUGUGCCAGGACCCGGCGCGACGAGUUCGAGCAUCCCUGUGGCCAACCCGGUCGACCUCAGCACUCUGGACAUCUCCAAUGGAUCCGACGCAGCUCUAGCCGCCCAGUUCGAGCAGGACGGCUUCUGCGUCGCGCCGGGCGUCGCCGACGCAUCACAGCUCGAAGCCUGCCGCGCGGCGGCGAUGGAGGCGCUCGACGAGUGCAAGGCGCGCGAUCCCGGCAUGGGUGUGGGCCAGAGGGCCGGCUACCGAGAGAUCGUGCAGCGCAUGCCGGGGCGCUACGAGAUGCGUCAUGGGCUGGACCGGGAACCCUUAUUGAACUUGAGGCGGCGCGUCGAGAAGUCAUUGGCGUUUGAAACGGCGCGGCGGAUCUUGCGGGAUGAAUUACGGAUAUUGGGCUGUUCGGUGGUCAUAGCCGAGCGAGACUGCGCGGCCCAGGCCUGGCACGUGGACGGGGCUCAUUUAUCUCCGACAGAACACAAGCCGGCCCAUGUGUUGAAUAUCUUCGUUCCUUUGGUGGACGUGACGCGAGGCGGAGGGACGGAGAUAAAACCCGGGAGCCAUUUUCUAACUAGAAAUCUCGCGAAGCAGAUGCUCCUGGCGCGCAUCAAGAAGACGCUGCGGCCGCCCGUCGUGCCUCUUGUCACACCUGGAGACGCGUUGCUCUUCGACUACCGCGUCCUGCACCGCGGCACUUUGAACAACACGGGCGGCGCGAGGCCCGUCUUCGUGCUGACGGUCGCGAAGCCCUGGUUCCGGGACCUCGUGAACUUUCCCAAGCGGGCGCUGUUUCCAGAGGUCGACGCCGUCGACGCGACGACCUAACUA